CCUCUCCCUUUCGUUUCUUUUUCUGUCAUUGGUAUUUCUGUCUUCUCCCAUUGGCCUCCUUUCUCCUCAAGUCGCCUGAUCUCUUCUUCUUCUGAUACUCCGCGCGGUUCGUUCGGUGACCCAACCUUUCCCUCAUUUUUCUUAUUCAUCUUACCUCAAGACUAACGACACGCCCAAAGCCCGAAACACACCACCAUCUAUUUUCUCGAUCAAUCCGCCUCCCGGGACGACACUAAGACUAUGGCACAUAGGGUAGACCAAGAGUAUGACUACCUGUUCAAGAUCGUUUUGAUCGGCGACUCUGGUGUGGGCAAAUCCAACAUUCUUUCCAGGUUUACUCGGAAUGAAUUUUGCUUGGACUCCAAAUCUACAAUCGGGGUUGAGUUCGCCACCCGCACUCUUCAGGUGGAAGGAAAGACUGUCAAGGCACAAAUCUGGGAUACAGCGGGUCAGGAGCGGUACCGUGCCAUCACCAGUGCUUAUUAUAGAGGGGCUGUUGGUGCACUCCUCGUAUAUGACAUAACCAAGAGGCAAACAUUCGAUAAUGUUCAAAGGUGGCUCCGUGAAUUGAGGGACCAUGCAGAUUCUAAUAUAGUAAUCAUGAUGGCCGGAAACAAAUCCGAUUUAAACAACCUUAGAGCUGUUUCAGAGGAUGAUGGUCAAGCAUUGGCAGAGAAGGAAGGUCUUUCAUUUCUCGAGACAUCUGCUCUGGACGCAACCAACGUCGAAAAGGCAUUCCAAACCAUUUUGACAGAGAUCUAUCAUAUUGUGAGCAAAAAAGCACUGGCGGCUCAGGAAGCGGCGGCGAGUACCACCCUUCCUGGACAAGGAACUACGAUCAAUGUUGCAGAUGCGUCGGGGGCUACCAAAAGAAGUUGCUGUUCCACCUAAUGCACUAUUUGAGGACUGAAAGAAGUUGCUAGUAGAUAUUUUUCCCCCCUCCGGUUCAAUUCUAUUUUCACAUCUUUCUCGUUUAUUUUUCCUUCUAAAUAGGCGAGAAACAUGAGUACAUUUAUUACUAUAUUGAGUUGCCUUGAGGAAGUCAGUGAUUUUCCCCCUCUUAAACGUUAGUGUUGCUAGUUUCUUUGGAUGUUUACUUCGAGGUUAAGCUAGUUUCCCAUGUAUUCAUAGGAAAUGGGAGCCAACUGAUAUAAAUGAUAUAGUGUGGUCAAUGGGAAUCGCGACAAUGUUAGAUUGUAUUUGCUUCUUGGGUUUGGUUGAGUUAUUUGCCAUGGUAUUUCUGCUUU